AACCUCGAGUUCCCUGGUUACGAUUGGUCAAUAUUGAUGCUCGUGUCGGCCUGGCUGGUAAACCUCGACUUAACGAACCUCACGUCGUGCCGUGGCUGGUUGUAAACGUCUCAAGUUGAAGCUGGUGCGUUUUUCUCCGUAAUUUUGGCUUCGUUACAGCUGUGAGCCAUGUCUUCCACUACACUGAGUGUGGUAAUCAAGAACUUUUAUGAUGAAUACAUGAAGAACACCCCCAAGAAGCUGAAGAUAGUUGAUGCGUACUUGGUGUACGUGCUCAUGACCGGUGUUCUGCAGUUCGUGUACUGCUGCCUUGUCGGUACUUUCCCCUUCAACUCCUUCCUCUCGGGGUUCAUAUGUACUAUUGGAUGCUUCGUGCUUGGUGUGAGUUUGAGAUUACAAGCAAAUCCCCAAAACAAAAUGCAGUUCCGUGGAAUCUCCGCUGAACGAGGUUUUGCCGAUUUUAUCUUUGCCCACAUCAUUCUGCACCUUGUGACCAUUAAUUUUAUUGGUUAAUUCUUUGCCAUUGUGCAUAGCUCACAUGUUUGACUUGGAAGAAAUAUUUUUGAUAUGGUAUAAAAAGAACUGUAAUAAGCUAGAGAUUUUUUCUCAUACAUGGGUUCACAAUGAUUGUUUUUAAAGAUAUAUUGAUGGCCAACAUUAAUUCCACCAUGGUAUAAAAAAAAUUAUGAAAUAAAGCCAACACAUUCCCA